UUAAAUUUAUUUUAUACGAAUGUCAUCACUCGGCUAACGCGAGCCAAAUGGCCGAACGGCCGAACAACACCCAGCUCGUCUCUGCUGGUUGGUCAAAGGCCGACUCAGCUGACCAAUGGCGUCUCCUCACAACCCGCUUGGAGCUCAUAGUUGACAUUCGUGCUGAAAGUGUUGUUUCAUGGUGAGUCUGUGUUGUGUGAGAAAAGGGAAGAGGCCUUGUUUUUUACGUUGGGUGUGCCUUGAUACUUUCGUAGAAGUGUACUUUCACAAGUGGACAACGUGCAAGAUGAAACGCCGCGCAGGAGAGACAGCGGAAGAGCUCAGUGGCCUUAAUUUAUUUGUCAAAUACUGAAAGCUAAACAGUGGCAGGAGAUGUGGGGUGAGACAUGCGUGCAAGUGGUCUCCAGCCGAGAAGACGGGGGUGAGAGCUUGCUGCUUCACGCGAGGCAGCACGUCCUGAGGGAAAAGCCGCUCUGAGCGGUGAAGUAUGGCAUCCAAGGCCCCAUACUACUACAGCGAGUUGGGGCCUGACAAGGCUGGGGUUGCCGGCCCUAUGCCGCAAAAUAAUACUUUGGGUGGGCAUUCCGCGGAGGAAAGCAGCUCACUAGGUUUCAAUGGUACUCCUCCUCCGGUAGAGCCUCCGCCAAGCGAUGCGUCGGCCUCGCCUGUGACUGACCACGGUGGCUUCUUUAACCCCCUGUUGUCGAUAGAACCAGACAUUUCGGCACCGGACACACCACGAAGGAAUGCUCAAAGCCAUAAGAAGAAAAAGAAAGCAAAGAAAAAAGGCGGAUCGCCGAGCAAGUCCAACGGAAUCUACGGCACUACCACUGCCUACGCCAAACAGCUCCUCUUCGGUGCCAAAGACUCCAAGAAACCUGCCGGCUCCCCCGAAAAGAAGCAGGGGGUUCGGCGGCGUGGCUCGGAGCCCAACAUCUACGAGGAGAUCACCGACGCCGAAGAGUACGCCCGGAACGAGUGCUUGCGCGUCGGCGGCGCUCCCACGAUUCCGCGCCGGCCGAGGCCUCAACCGGAGCAUGUGCGAGAGGAAGUGACUCGCGUACAUCGCACGCAUGUGCACAUCUUGGAGAACUUGAAUCUGGACGUGGAGACGAUGCUCAUGCCCGACACUUGCACGGCAAAGUUGGAACAUACCAGUGGGAAAGAGGGUGAUUAUGGAACGGUGGGGGCGGCGAAGAGCCACAUCCCGGCGUCCACGUGGCGGAGGGUGAUGAACGAGUACGUAGAGCACCAGGUGCCUCCAGUGGAAGUGUCCAGCGGGACAUUACCAGCGUCGGCAUACAGAUCCAAGGGCCUUUGGAUCCCUUAUCCUAGUCAUAAAACAUUCCAGCCACCUGCCACAGCGAGCCCGUACGGUCGGACGUCCCAGCAUUAUGCGAGCACUGCAGCUGGGGAGCCGCUCUACAUGCUGUACGACGAUACGCACAAGCGUCACGUGACCCCCCUGCUUGCUGGAGGAGACAUGUGCAGACCAGAGGACAACAUUUAUGAGGAAGUAGACAUUUAUAGACGGGAGAAUGGCUGUGAAGAUGGUUACAGCGUCACCGGGUCUGAGCCUGGACUGGAUCAUUCCGAAAGCUCCGAAGAGGGCGAUGUCGCGAGCCGAACCAGCAGUCUGGGACUCGCAGCUCGGCUUGUGGAGAAUGCGAAGCCACUCAAGAAGCGCAAGGAUUCUGAUCUGACUAGCAGUUUCACACGGUUCUUCUCAACACGGCGGAAAGACUAUGACUCUGACAAGCUUAGUCGAAUGGGAAGUAGGCAGCUUUCUGAGGAUGAAGGAUAUGUAGACAUCAAAGUUCCAAAGAAGCAGCGACCGCCGCUGACCCUGCCAGCCAUGCCACCAGGUCUCACAUCGGAACAGAUGAAAAGAAGGCUCAUUGUAAACAACAUUGUUGAGAGUGAGAAUUCCUAUGUUGGGUCCUUACAGAGACUAAUAUCUGAUUUCAAGAGGCCGCUCCUGCAGAGCCAGCCUCCUUUGUUGAGCCAGCGCAAGAUUGAUAUCAUGUUCUUUCGACUCGAGGAGAUCCUGCAGUGCCAUACACUGUUUGGCAUUGCGCUCACGCAGUGUGUUUGGGAAUGGGAUGACAGAGAACGGAUAGGCGAAGUAUUUCUUGCUUCAUUUUCCAAGUCAGUGGUGCUCGACAUAUACAGUGAGUUCAUCAACAACUUCAGCACAGCGAUGGAAACUGCAAAGCAAGCGGCCAAGAGCAAGUCUGCAUUUGCAGAUUUCCUCAAGUCCCGUGCUCCCCCACCAGAGGACGACGGGCAGCCAACCCAAUACUCGUACAAGAUGAAGCAAAUCUACAGUCCGGACAGGUUGUCUUUCUUUGGCCUGAUGGUGAAACCAGUUCAGCGGUUUCCACAGUUUAUCCUCCUGCUCCAGGACCUGCUGAAGCACACACCCAAGGGACAUCCCGAUAGGAUGUCCCUCCAAUUGGCGCUGACUCAGUUGGAGUCACUGGCGGAAGCGUUGAAUGAGCGCAAGAGGGAGGCAGAACAGCAUCAUGCUGUGCUUCAAGUCCUUGGAUCCUUGGGCUCCAAGUUCUCUCUGAAAUCCCUCGACGGUGGUUCUGAUCACUUCCUCUUGCGGCAGGAUGACGUACUACAGUUGGAAGUGGAUCAAAGCGGGCUGGUGGUGAAAUCCAAAUCCCGACGUAUCUUCUUGCUCAAUGAUCUCCUCGUCUGUGUAACAGCAACACCAAGAUCAUCAUCGGAAGGGUCAUCGGGUCAGAACCGUGAAAGGCUAACCCUGAAGUGGGCAGUUCCUCUGCAAGAGGUGGAUGUUCAGGACGACAUUGCCCCAGCAACUAGGAACCUCCUUGCUUCUUCGGGUCGGGCGAGAAAUUCUGGAAGUCGUCUAGUUCCCGUUGGGGGUGCAGGAAAUUCGGAAUGCUCAGGGUCAAUGCAAGUUUUAUAUGAUGAGUUGACAAACUUGGUUCACGACAUGGAGGUCAUGAGCCGCGUUGCGGUACUAGUCAGUUCUCUCAAGAGGUCAUACCCUGAGAUAACAAUGGAAGCAAUCCAGAUGGUGAGCCGAGGAAUCCAGGAUGCGAUCCGCCAAAAAGAUGAAGAAAUUACGCUUCUCGACAGCUGUUGCUUGCAGCUGGCCGUCCCACAUAAGUCUAAGUCACAGAAAGUGCAGAUCAGCUUCCAGAUGUCCACCCCUGCAGUGAAACGGGACUGGACGACAGACUUGCGCUUGGCGAAAUUGGCAUUAGACCCAGACAACAUGCCCGCGUGGGACGUCCUAGAACAGGACAAGCGACCACAGAGCAAGCUGCCCCUCCUCGUACGACUCAUGCCCCUGUUCCCGGCAACAACACCAACCGAGGUGAAAUGUGGUUGCUUUUACAACACCGUACCCCAGCCGGGAGGGCUGCGCAUUCAGUACCUGUGGCUAUGCAGUACUGAUGGUGUCAACAGCCAUUUGGUAAUACUGUGUCUACACGACGUCGUUCUACGUCCCAUCAGUGCAUUUGACUUACCGGAGUCACGCAUUGCUGCUAUGGAAGCCGUACCACCUCCUCUCCCUCCUGAGGGAACAGCCCAACAUCCUGGGAGUGCAGAAACGGUCUGGAUCACGACAGAAAGCAAGAGGCUGAUCUUAUUGAGAGCAUCCUGCCCAGACAAGUGGACAGAAGUGGGCAGCACGACAGUCGGGUACACAGUCACUCAGAUCCUGUACCACUGUGAAAGGGUGUACGUCGCCCUUGUCAACGGCACACUUAGCAUAUACAGGAGGGAUACGGCUGGCAACUGGGACCUGGACUCUCCCUCUAUCUUAGUCCUUGGAACAGACCCGAUAACAUCGUUAUUGCCUCUCGGAACUUCUCUGUACUGUGCCUGUGCAGACAAGAUCUAUGUCCUGGAUGGUUUCACCUCGGAUAUCCAGAAAACACACUUGCUGGGUCAGGAAGAUGGAAGUCAUGCCCUCUUGCUUGCACACUCCGGGACAGGUCUUUGGAUCGCACUCAAAAACUCUGCUCGAAUUUGUCUCUACCACACGGAAACAUUCAGGCACCUGCAGGACGUGAAUGUCGCCGACAGUGUCAGUCGCUUCCUGUCCGCUAAGCAAGGCAGCGUUCGUCCAGCGGUAACGGUGACUGCUCUGGUUGCUGGACGAGGCCUACUGUGGGUAGGAACGAGCGCGGGGGUCGUCCUUACUCUGCCUCUGCCUAGGCUGGAGGGUGUCCCCAUCCUGAGUGGUCGACCCCAUCUUGCCUACCAUGCCCAUCAAGGACCAGUGACAUUCCUGUUGUGUUUGCAACCGCGUGUGUAUCCACUCCGUCCCCACGAUGCAACCCACAGUAGGUCAACACUGGGCUCUGCACCGGAAGAUGUGGUAGAGGAGGAAGAAGAAGAACCAGGAGUAGAGCCAGCUGUGGGUCCCGCUGAAGAGGAAGCCCCACCUUCGUCUGUCUCGAAGCAAAAGUCUGAUUCCAUGCUGCCUUCUACACCUGUUGGUAGGAAGAACGCUAGAGGUCUCCGGAGAACAGUGGGAGAGAAUGUGCACAUGUCGGGGGCCAAGACACUUCCUCGGGGACUUUCUAUAUGCCCUGGAGGGGUUCGGCCUGUGGGGCACCGCGCACCCCCAGGCACAGCCCUGGCCUUGCAGGAUGAUACAGAAAGCAGCCCCGAUGCUAGUGUGAGCGAGGUAUACGGCCUGUAUGCUGACCUUAUGAAUGUGCAAGACUACGAAAGCCACGAGAGGCUCAACCACAGCGACCCCGAACUGGUCAACUUCCAUUUUGCCACAUUGGGGCGCAAAACGCAACAGCGUUCCGGCCGACCGCGUUCGUGGGAUCUGUCAACCAUGGAAGUGUCAGGCGACUCUGACUCUUCGGCCGCUGCUCCAGACACCAACAGUAACCCCCAAAACCCUCAGCUGGCACAGACCACCUCAUCGUCGGACGCAGCAAACACAAAAUCUUCCUACGCCUCCUCACCCUCGCCGUCUAUCUCGUCCGUAGAGGGGAGCGGUGGGUACGGCACACUACGUCCCCCUAGGCGAAGCGGGCCAGCUCGUGGCGGGCCCGGCCCAAGAGGGGGGCUGGACGGCGCACCGCAGAACAAGACCCUUCUCACUCUUACGGGCGGCUGUGGCUACGUCAACUGGCGCAAGGCGGAGAGGGAUGCCGCGUCGCCUCCCAGCGGGGAUGCCCUGGUGCUGGUCUGGGAAAUGAAGGUUUGAGAGACUCUCCGGUCCUUCCUUCAUUUUUCGACGAGAUAGCUUAUUUCAGUUCCAGUUCUUCGAAGAGAUACUCAAUGGGACAUGUAACCAAUAUAAUGAGAUUGUGCUAUAUGGUGUUCGCGAGUUCCACGUGAAUUUCGCGUAAACCAGUUUUUGCGGAGCCGACGUUCGUCGCUCAGCGUGGAAGGUUUCGCUGACAAGCGUGCAGCUUUUGUGAAUUGGCUGCCGUUCGGGGGUUGAUAUUUUGUAUCGAGGUAGAUGAAGAAAAGGCAACGUAGAUGAAAAGCAUUGUGCUCAUACUCAGUUUUUCUACUGUGCUAUGACAGCCUAUCUAGGGGAGCUAUGAAGGGAAAAUGCACCAGGACGAGAGCCGAUCUCGGCUCUGACGCGGCUCUCGUCCCGAGGCACCUCCCUUUGUACUUUCUUACCGGUUCGCUGGAUUUCUACCCGUCUGUCUAUGAGAGAGCUCUGCAUAGCGAGUGCUUUCUGUCACAAUAUGUAUUUUGUAAAGACAUAUUGAGAAAGGUUGAAAGGUAGCUUUCUGUGUCUUUGUAGAACUUCUUUUCAAGCUUUCAAGCGUCACACUCAAGAUCCGAUUCCUUUCCGUAAAAAAGUAAGGAGUGCACGCAUGCCCGAAGACACUCAUAAAAAUGUUCUACCGCUUUUAACCGUAAGACGCACAGAUGUCAUAAGAGGGGGUUCAGCCGAGCCAGAGGCAAAAACAAUAAGCAGUGAAGGAAAGCACUCUGUGUGUGACGCAGUGAGUGUAGCUAUCGACCAUCAUGCAGUUAUAGCCCUUGAUACAGUGCCAUUUUGCAAUAUGUCUUUCUUAGCUGGUACCUCAACAGUGUAAGUAGAUGCAGACAGCAGUACCCCGGAUUAUUUAUUUUCCUAACGUGCAUCCUGUUGUACUCCCACACUGAUAUGGCUGGUACCAUUGCACUAGAAAGACCCUGUCCAAAUAUGAAGUAGAGCUGCACUUGUAAAAAUUCCAGCUGUGGGAGCCAGAGUUGAAAAAGCCACAACACAGAGUGCUUGCAUGUCAUAAAGAGGGAUGGUAAAGCAUCUGUAAUGUGCUCUUUUGUGUGUUCAUUCUGUACUUUCACACUUCAAUGUCUCUUUACUUACACCCUGUGUGGUAGUGCAUAAUAAUGACUGAACGAACCUUUGAGGUUGAAGCAAAGGACAAUGUGCGAUACACUUAAAAUAUUAGGUUCUUUUAUAUGGUGUUUGCUUGUAAGAUCCACUUUCUACUAUAUAUAGACAGAUUCAGUUUGCCGGCAUUUCUUGUGAUUCCCUGGAAAGUUCACGGUAGUUUAUACGGGAGUCAGGAAAAAUCUGAACCAGGGCAAGUUCUUUUGUAACUCGAAACAUCACUGUUGACACUGGGAAAUCACAAUCGGCGAUGCAGCGAAGAAAAAAUUACCUACAAGGGGACGGCAGCUUAUUUCAUGGUCAGUUCCCCAGGGCUCUUGAUGAGGGUCUCUCCGCGCAACUUUUCCUUUCUUUUCUUUAAAGAUGAUCAGAAGCGACUAUUUUUAUAUUUUUCCUCUCUGUAACAUACCAUUGUUUUGCACUUGACAUGUCCCGCUACAAAUGCCUACUUUUGUCAGAACGUGUAGAAUGACUGUACCUGUAUUUAUGCAGCCUGUAAAUAAGUUUAUUUGACUGGUCAGCACAGCCUUUGUUUGCCAGAUACUUUUGUUUUGUUUGCUUAGAGAAUUUGACAAAUAUUUACUUAUCAAAUGAGGAGGGAAGUGUAUAUGAAAAUUGCUAGUAUUUUACCCGCAUCACACACACACAUUACCAUACUUUUUAUUCCGUACAAAGUCAGUAUGCUUACGUCCACACUUGAAAAUAUUGUCGGUUGGCAUUUGUGUAUACUUUAUUCCGUACGUGUGCUUGUAAAUAAUUUUUAUGAUGCCGUCUGAUGCAUUUUUGAAGUAAGUAUCAGCCACUGUAUACUGACUCGCAUUUUGGUCAUAGCUUAUGUACGUAUUUUACUUGUUUCUCAUCCUAGGCAGCAUUUUUACAUUUCUCUGUUUUCAGUGUCCCACAUUAGACAGGGUGAAGCACGAUGAGAAAAUUCAGGAAAUUAAUUUGCAGCGCAGUUCCCAACAUAUUUUGUACAUAAUGUAUCGUUCCCCCCCCCCUUUUAAUUUUUGUCUUUCUGUUAUACAACAUGGUCACACAAGGUCAUUCAUUUAUGUUCCUAAAUUAUGACGAGCCAAUGAACGUGGCCAUGGCAGGAAAAACAAACAAACAAACAAAAAAACUUUUCACGUUUUCUCAAUGUGGAGUCUCUACUAAUUCAUAAGCCGUAUUCCUCAGGUAUUGUGGCAACCACUAAACGACGUAUAUCGUUUGACAGUGUCUUGAUAAUGUGCCUCCUAUUGUAUACCUUUAUCUUGUCUUUCACGAGUCCCACAAAGUUCCUUUUACCAUGAUUUCCAAACUACGCUCGAAGAAAUGCCAAAAAAGGUACGUGUUAGGCUUGCACAGUAUCGGGAGGAUGGUUUGCGACUGUUGCUUUUAUUUUUCAUCUUCUGUACCUAAUACAACGUGAGUAAUAUAAUCAUCUGCUUUAGAUGGCAUUGUACAAAUACAUCUUUUUAUUUGGUUUACGCACGUAGCAUUUUUUUUUUCUCCUCAUUCAUUUCUUUGUCGUAUUGGCUGUGUAACUUCACUGAUCCAUAAUAAAGUGAAAACUAGAUAUGCAGAAAUAAGAAAAAGUAUGUUGAUUUGGUUUUUAUAUUUCUCUUAUUUAUUUUAUGAUCUGUAAGCACGGGCUACUCACAGCUGUAAUUCCUAUUGCUGGAAUUAUUAGACGCCACCUGUACUGUACUUCGUUCUUUCUUGAAACAGCAACCAGAAUGUGUGUGUUUCAUUGUUAGAGCCACAUACGCAGUACUGAUCUGUAGUUUGUAACCCAGAAUGUUACUUGUCCUAACGUUCCUGGGUUACCAGGCUCUUAAACUGUGGCAAUGCUUUUCGAUGCGUCUCUUGCAAGCUCAUGGCACACAAAUGACCAGAAGCAUAAACACGUGUUGCAGAUGAGAUUCCCCAGCCGUCCGGCAAGGUGAAUGUUAACACAAGCAAGAAGGAGCAAUAUGAAUAUUCAACAGUUAUUCAGCAGCCUAUCACAAAAUUAAUCAAUCAGCGAUGCCACCAAGCGACUCAGGUUUCAGAAACGCCUGACAAACAGGGGAAGGCACGCGCAAAACUGGAUGUCUCGUGCAACAUCUGCUGUCACAAGUAUGAAGAGUGUGUGCCGUCCAAAGGUGUCCGUCUGAUUGCAGCAGAAUCUUACUUUGAGCAUGGAAAAACCGUUUACAUGCAGUUCUAGUAGCUAGUCAGUACCGUCAUUGCGAGGUUGUCGUACCCACCGAAACCAAUGGCAGUGUACGUGACUCAACCUUAUUCGGUGGUCGGUCGCCCUUCGGUAACCGUCGGCACUUCGGUGGCACUUCAUAGGACAAGUUGCCACGGUCUAACACUCGUAAAUGAUAGUGGCACAAUCCUUAAUCUGGAGUCCUGGCCUUGGUAUUAUUUUAGUAUUAGCAACAGGCAAAAUGCAAAUAUCCAGUGAGGUUGUCUAUUGGCAGGAUGUCAUUAGUAAGACAAAGACUGUGCUGUUUUUGCGAUUUCGAUCUUUCUCGAGCAUGAUGUAGUUUGCGUCUUGGGUGGAAAUAUAGUUAAUGCUAGUAAUGGAGACUCCAUCGUCAUUUUUCUUUUUUUUUUCUUCAGUGGUUUGCACUGGACAACCACAAGUUGUGAACUUUCUUGUGAGGAUGUUGACAAAUUAAUUGAUACACUUAGACAGUGUUUGAAGGACUGGACACGAUUCAACACUGCAAACUUUUAGCAGCAUAGUAAAUGUUUUUUCCCAGCUCUCCAAAUAGUCUUCUCAAUGCUUUUGUAUUGGUGCAUUGUUGUGAACUUGCACAGUGGUCUUCUUGUCCCUUGUGUGCGUUGUCAGAACGCUGCCUUUACUUUUGAGCAUUUUAGGCAUUGUCACAUUCAUCACUGAAGUAGUCUGCGUGAAUAUAAAGUGUGUACAGGCGUACUGUCCUCUAUGUAGGAUGUCCUUCACUUUUUACCUGAGAGUAUAGCUGCUAUUUUUGGGCAUCGGAAUGUGCUUGCGUUUUGCAGCGGUCACGCAGUACUUGUAAGGUAGUGGUGUGCCUGAAUUUUUGUGGAACAGUUUUAAACUCUCUAAGACAAGAUCUACUUUUUCAGCACCUGUGUAGCAAAAUAAAAACAAGUGCAGCAUGUCA